AUGCUAAUGGAUUUCCUUCUAAUUGGACUGUACUUAAAGUGGCCGCUGAAGAAGCCCCCUGGGUUGAUAUUGUAUUCACUGGGCAUUUUUUUGAGAACAGUUCCCUUAGUGGAGGGGGUCUGUCCCAGACUGUGUCGCUGCGACAGCAAGCUGCUGUACUGCGAGGGGCUCAAUCUCACAGACAUUCCUCAGAAUCUGAGCAGUGCCAUGGGUCUGUCCAUGAGAGAGAACAAUCUGACCGAGCUACGUGAAGGCCAACUGUCCAGUCUGUCACAACUCACCUGGCUCUACCUAGACCACAACAACAUUGACAUUGUGGAGGAGGGGGCUUUUGACAGGCUAAGACGGGUCAAGGAGCUGGACCUAAGCAGCAACAGAAUUGAGAGUCUGCCAAAUGGUACCUUUAAGCCCCUCCCAAACCUACGCAUUUUGGACCUCUCAUACAACAGGCUUCAGGCACUAGAGCCAGACUUAUUUCAUGGCCUUAGAAAGCUCACAAAUUUGCAUUUGCGCUAUAAUGCCCUCAAAUUUGUGCCAGUGCGAAUAUUUCAGGACUGCCGAAGCAUGCAGUUUCUGGACCUGGGAUACAACCAACUGCAAAGCCUGGCAAGAAAUUCCUUCGCAGGCCUCUUCAAGUUGUCAGAGCUGCAUCUUGAGCACAAUGAACUGGUUAAAGUCAACUUGGCCCACUUUCCACGCCUCAUCUCUUUACGUACUUUGUACAUGCACAAUAACCGUGCCACUAUUGUUGUGAAUACCCUGGAAUGGACAUGGCAUUUCCUAGAGAAAAUUGACCUCUCAUCCAAUGAAAUCGAGUACAUUGAGCCACAUGUUUUUGAGAGCACCCCUAGCCUCAAAGUAUUGAUGCUAGACUCUAAUCGCCUGGCUGCCUUGGACCAGCGCAUCCUGGAUUCAUGGUCAUCUCUGGACAGCAUCACCCUAGCAGGGAAUGAGUGGGAGUGCAGCCGGAACGUAUGUGCCUUGGCCUCCUGGCUGAGUGCCUUCCGGGGCCAGCGUGACAGCUCCCUACAGUGUUCUAGCCCUGACACAGCACAGGGUGAGGACGUGCUGGACGCGGUCUAUGCUUUUCAGCUCUGUGAGGACCCACCUCUGGAGGUGACUACAGCAGGCCUGUAUGCCUCUACCAGGGAUCUGGCCCAGGGUGGCUCUGUUCUGCUGGGUCCAUUUACCCCCAACCCCUAUGAGGGAGAAGGCAGCGAGGUGGUCACCAGCUCGUUCACAGUCACAGUGGGACAUGAUGAUCUGGAGAGUACCAUGCAGAUCCACAAAGUGGUGACUGGGACCAUGGCCCUCAUCUUUUCUUUUCUCAUCAUAGUGCUCAUGCUCUAUGUGGCGUGGAAGUGCUUUCCUGCUGGAAUACGACAACUGAGGCAGUGCUUUAGUAGUCAGCGACGUAAGCAGAAGCAAAAGCAAAGCAUGCAGCAGAUGGCUGCCAUUUCACCACCAGAGUACUAUGUCGACUACAAACCCAACCACAUCGAGGGAGCCUUGGUAAUCAUAAACGAAUACGGCUCGUGCACAUGUCAACAACAACCUUCUCGGGAAUGUGAGGUGUGA